AUGGCGUACUCGUCUCGCGCAGGUAAAAUCGGUCUGUGGACGGUUUCGGAUGAGGAAGACCGCAAAGGAGACCGGAAGACGAGGAAGCCGCUGGUGGAGAAGAAGAGGCGCGCGCGCAUUAACGAAAGUCUGCAGGAGCUCCGGGGUCUGCUGUCCGACACCGAGUUGCAUGCAAAGAUGGAGAACGCAGAAGUGCUCGAGCUCACGGUGAAGCGGGUGGAGGGCAUCCUGCGGGACCGGUCACAUGAGUCGGACAGCAUGAGUCGCGAGGCCAGUGAGCGCUUCGCCGCGGGCUACAUCCAGUGCAUGCACGAGGUCCACACCUUCGUGUCCACGUGCCCCGGCAUCGACGCCACGGUAGCUGCGGAACUCCUCAACCACCUGCUGGAGUGCAUGCCGUUAAACGAGGACCUGCAGGACGUCAUCCUUGAUCUCGGCUCCGAGCUUCUGUCUCCUACGGGAGCGUGGCCGCGCGUCAAUUCACCGGGAGCGCGCGCACCAGCUCUGUCCCCGAACUCUUCCACCGGCGGCGCUGAAGAAGAUCCGAACUCCGACCUGGAGGAGACCUUCAGCGAGCCAGCUCCGGGGUCUGCGGUGGAGCAGGAGGAGGAGGAGCAGGAGGAGGAGGAGGAGCACCGGAGCACCGCCCCCUACUGUACAUCCAUGUGGAGACCGUGGUAGAGCCGCGAGCGCACCGGAAACAGCACACCUGUAAACUGACGCACGACUGGAAUUAACCGGAAUUCAUUCAUGCAAAUACAAACGGAUAAAAAAAUACUUGACCUUCUUUAAGGAUCCUUUAAGGACAUCACUCUUUCUACAUGUGCACGAGUCUCAUUAAUAAACCCAGGAGCUUCACCUUUAAAACCUGUAAAACACUGUGCUUCCUGCAGUUCGAGGAUAAACUCCGAGGAUAAAACUCAUUUCAGGAGUAAAAGUGGACUUUAGGAACGCUGCUGUAUGUUCAGGACACAUUUCGAUUGUUUUAUAUUCAGAUUCAUCACAAGUCCCUCUGGAUGAAACCCGUUUCAUUUCUCUUUUUAUCUUUUAGAACUCUGUUUGUUUUGAAUGCAGUGAAAUAUCUAGCCUAGUUCAUUUAAUUGUUUUUGAACCUGAAGCACCAAUAAAUAGAUGAAUGAUUCAUUUAGAUGAGUUUUAUAGCUGGUCAUAAUAAUAAUAAUACAUUACUUUAAUGGCUGAUUAUCUGUUAAUGUCCUCAUGUAAAAGUAAUUUAUGAAAUGAAGGCAAUAUUUUAAGCAGGUCUGGAGCAGUAUUAUUGAUUGUCUUCUGUGCAUGUUUUAAAUUGUAUUUUUUUAAUUAGUUCCUAUGUAGUGCAACUAACUCAGCAGAAUUAAAACAGUAAGAAGGUGUAAUAAUUAAUCCGUGUUGUAAUUGAGGGUUUUUACUGCAGUACACAUCAGCUCAAAGAAAACACAAGAUUCAGAUUUAAAACUAAGAGAAGGGGAAAGAAAACCCCUCUAAAAGCCAGAGGAAACGGAUUAUAAUACACUUUUGGAAAUGUACAUUGUAAAAACCUAAUAAAAAUUCCAUCGGAGUACAUAAAACACUGCACUGCUUCAUAUCCAGUCCUAAAUUCAUUCUGACAUGUAGAA